GGCGGCCGCUCGACCUCCCCCUAGGCUGUCCUAGCGGUUCGCGGCAGGCCGAGAAGCGCAGAGGCAGCGGGAGCCCGGGAGCUUACGGAGCCGGCCAUGGGCAAGUCAGCUUCCAAACAGUUUAAUAACGAGGUCCUGCUAGCCCACAACGAGUACCGGAAGCAGCAUGGUGUCCCCCCACUGAAGCUCUGCAAGAAGCUCAACCAGGAGGCUCAGCAGUAUUCAGAGGCCCUGGCCAGCACGAGGAUCCUCAAGCACAGCCCAGAGUCCAGUCGCGGCCAGUGUGGAGAGAACCUGGCUUGGGCAUCCUAUGACCAGACAGGAAAGGAGGUGGCUGACCGAUGGUACAGUGAAAUUAAGAACUACAACUUCCAGCAGCCUGGCUUCAACUCUGGGACUGGACACUUCACGGCCAUGGUGUGGAAGAACACGAAGAAGAUGGGAGUGGGGAAGGCAUCUGCAAGCGAUGGCUCAUCCUUUGUGGUGGCCAGAUACUUCCCGGCAGGGAAUGUCGUCAACCAGGGCUUCUUUGAAGAAAACGUCCUGCCUCCCAAGAAGUAACUUGCCAAAUGCAGUGGGCAGGUGGCAGACUUAAGAACGUGGAUAUGAAGUGCCUAGAACAACAAGCACGCAGCUGUGCAUCUGUCUUUGUGGCUGUAUGUGCUUGUGUGUGUGAUGCAUGUGUGUGUCUCUUGCGCACACACUUGGACAUACAGUUUUGCAUGAACUCAUUCCUAGCAAAGGAAUGAGCUGUGGAAGCCUUUACUCCGAUUGUUAGACCACAAUUAUUUAGACUUUGGGGGGGGGGAAAUCCAUUUUUUUAACUUUUUGUUUUUUUUUAAGCAAACUUUUGUAUCUUUCUUACUGAUUUCAAAUGUUGGUGAUGCUGAGAAGUUCAUUUCCUGUGAUCUUCGUGCACUGUAAUCUACUUGGGGUAGAUAUUUAAGAAUAUUAAACCUUCAUUUAAAUGUGACAUAGAACACAGCUUCUAAUGCAGGCGGAUAAAGCAGCUUCCGUCAGAAACACGGUGCAGGCAGGGGUUCCCCGGAAUCACUGGGACUUCUCAGUGGUAAGACAUGUUGCCACUCGUGCCCCUGGAAUUCUCUGAUGGGAUUGCCAAAAAACAAGUGAAGAAAAAAGCUUUACUUCCUCCCGUUUUUCUUUUUUUUGUAUGCCACCUCAUUUUAUUAUUUUCUUUUUCAUUGAAUUUAGUGGGGUGACACUGGUUAACAAAAUUACACAGGUUUCGGGUGCACAGUACUGCAACACAUCAUGGGUACACUGUAUUGGGUGUCCCCCCCAGUCAAGUCUCAGUCCAUCACCAUUCAUCCCCCUCAAACUCUCCUCUACCUCCCCCUACGCCCCCUCCCCUUGGCAGUCACCACAGUUGUUCGCGUCCAUGAGUUCUUUCUCUUUCUUUUUUUUGCUCAAUCCUCCAGCACUGCCCCCGUUUUUCUACCUUUACAUAGCAAAGUACUGCUACCGUCACCACCCUUGACCCCCCAUCUUUUUUUCUUAACCCCCCCCUGGCAUUUCAUAGCUCAGUAUGUACCCCUCAAUUCCCAGGGAGCUGGGCCAGGCCUGAAACUCACCCCUCCCCCAAGUCUGCUAGGUGGCGCAGGGCCCAUUGUGGGAGAGGGAGCCCCUCACCCUGCCUGGGCUCUUGGCCAAGCGGCCUUGGAUGGAUGAAGUCAGUGAGCGUCCGGGUGAGGGUGAGCUCACUCAGGGCCCCCAGAGGAAACCCUCCAGCCGCUGGCCUCCCCGUCACAGGGCGGGAGCCCAGGCUGUUCCUGGCAGCUGUGGCUGCAGCUGCGCUGCUGCUCCGGCCUGGAAUGUGUGGCGGGCCCCAGUGUUCCUGGGAGAUUCCCAUGCGGGGGCUUAGAGUCGCUGAUGUGGCUCUGCAUUUUGCCUCAAACUACACAAAGUUCCCCUGAAUAAUGACUUCAUGUGGGCCAUGGGAGAGGGACCAACCCAGAUGCCAAGCUGAGUAUCCCUGAGACCACGGCACCCGUAGGUGGUGAGACAGCCGGGCAGGCACUAGGGAGCUGCCUGCAUAAAGGCUGGAGUCUGACCAGACCCAUCCUUGAAACACGUUUCCUGAAGGUCUCUGCAGCACUGUGAGCACAGUCUCAUGCUGUGCCCUUCGUUUCACCCAGGCAUAUGGACGAAGACAAUAAAAUCUUUUCCUUUUGUGUAAUA